AUGGGAGCUGCUGGGGCGGACUCGAGGUGGCUGAUUCACCCGGCUUUCGCGGUUUUGCUAAGGGUUUGUGGAAUGCGCCCGCUGAUCCUAGUGAUGCUCCUGGCGAUAGGGGCAGGGGCAGGAGAGCAGGGGAGGCAGCACAUGCGCCAUGGUACUCGGGCAUCGGUAUCUGCUAUGGUGGUGUGCCUGCGAGGAGGGACAGAGGAGGAGGGGAGGGGAUCUACACUGCUGCACAAACGCGCGCUGGAGGUCGAGGGGGUGGAGGAGGAAAGUCGCGCUGGCGUGUUGAAGAAGCAAAGGAUCCUGCAGGACAAAACCGAGCAGGACGCGUAUGGUCUGGGAAAACCUCCUCCCUCGAAGCACAGAGAUGAGAUCGAGUCCAUGCACGAGGUCCUCAAGGUUCUCAAGAACGCCAGCAGGCUGGAGAAGAUGGCAAAGAGCUCGCUUGAGGACCCGAAGAUCAAGAAGAAGCACAGGAGGUUUGCAACUACCACCCAAAUUAUCAGAGUCAGCCCUUCAUUCCUGGGGGUCCCUUCAUUCCCGGAGGUGUACGAGAGGAGGGUCGAGCUCUGCUUCGACGAGUCCGAGGUGCAUGAUAAGGAAUCUGCUCUCCGUGCUGCCGAGAAAAUCAUAGAGCAGGGGGAGAUGUACAACGUGCGCAGCUAUGGAGGGUGGAGCUCUCAUUUCCCCUUCUUUGAGAGCGCUGAGCGAAGUUUCCGCGCUGUUCUGCGCUACGACCCCGACAACGUCAAGUUCAUGUCCCUCCUUGGCGCCGUGAUCUCCCGCAAGGGGCCUGCACAGCUCGUCGGAUCAUCGAUGGGGCUGAGGAGGGGGGAGGAGGAAGCAAGGUGUUGGCAGCGGGAGGCGCUGAACCUGACGGGGGAGGCCUUCCUGCGAAGGAGCGAAGACAUGUCUCUGCUGCUGCGGUACAUCGCAGUCCUUCGAGACCUCGAUAUCAACGAUGAAGCUGCCAGAGAACUUGGCCUGAGGAUGCAAGUGGAUAAAAUGCUGUUUGCAAUCCGAGGAGCAGCAGGAGCAACGACAGGAGCAGGAGCAGGAGCAGGAGCAGGAGCAGGAGCAGGAGCAGGAGCAGGAGCAGUGGCGGGAGCCACGGGAGCAGUGGUAGAGGCAGAAGCAGGAGGAGCAGGAGGAGCUGCGGCAGAGACCAGAGCAGGAGGAGCAGCAGGACAAAGUGUACCUGGUGGGGAAGUGGACACAGACCUUGAUCUGCUCCUCGGAGGACCGAGCAGACCCGUGAAGGUGAAAGAUAUCUGCCUCGAACAAAUCUUCAACAUGGUCAACUACUCUUCGUUGGAUGCAACCCUCCUUGCCGAGUUCUACCUGUCGCAAGGGCAUUGGCACGACGAGCGUGAAGACUUGGCCUCGGCAUACACUCAGUUCAAGAAGGCCUAUGUCACCAUGAACAACAACACCAACGUAGCCUGCAGCUACGGCCACUGCGUCACGUGCGUAUACCUGAUGCUCAGAGAGCUGCGAGCGAGGAUGGCGGAGGAGAUGGACAAACUCGGGCAGACGUUGAGGAUAGCAGAGAAGGUUACAGAAGGGCUGAGUGAGAUGGAACUGUUGCGGGUGCGGAUGGGAGAAAAGAUGAAUGAGAUGUACCGGGAAGGUUUUCAGCAAGCGCUGGAGAGGGAUUCUACCUCUCCUGAUAUCUUCGCAUCCUAUGCCAUCUUGCUUGAGAACAUGAAGGACAGUGGAGGUGCGGAGCUUAUGUACAAACAAGCUCUUGCUCUGGACCCUACCAAUAUCCGCGCCCUCUGCGGAUAUGCUGGUCUGUUGAAGGCUCUUGGGAAGAGACAAGAGGGUUUACGGCUCAGAGUGAAGGAAGCCAGCUCCUCGCCGACGUUGCCCAGCAAGCCUUCCGAUAUUGAGACAAGACCGAGGCAACACAAGGCUGCCAUGGCUGCCUCCCUGGCUUCUACUAGUCAUGUUCGUCCUGUCAACUCACUUGCCGGAGAGCGUGACAAGCUGUCGGUAUUUAGAUUCUUCCUUUUCUUCCGCAGCUUAUUGCUCGGCUCAGUCAUCAGUGCGAGUUAUGAUCUAGCGCUGAAGCUAACUCAGGAUUCUCUUCCCCUGCAGCAGCGAUCCACCGUGACUUCAGCCCCGGCCCGGGCCAAGCGAAAACUGAGCGGCGCCGAUGAUGGAUCGAGAUCUGCCGCCGAGCCAACAACUUUCAAGUUUGCAUUCUGA